AUGUAUAUAACCUAUUACUCUUAUCAGGUGAUAGAAGCAGCCAAUGCAACUACCUCUGACUGCUAUUCCAACACGACUGUGACCUUGACACCUUCCAUGGACACACGAUUGUACAUACUCAGCUUAUUGCCCUUCCUUGUGCUGCUGGUAUUUAUCCGUAACCUUAGACUCCUGUCCAUCUUCUCCAUGAUGGCCAACAUGAGUAUGAUUGCAAGUCUGGUUGUGAUCCUCUAUUACCUCCUUCAGGAUAUCCCAGAUCCCCGUAACCUACCUAUGUUUUCUGAAUUGAAGAACUACGCAUUGUUCUUUGGAAUUGCUAUUUUUUCAUUUGAGAGCAUUGGUGUGGUUCUUCCUAUACAAAAUCAAAUGAAGAAAAAGGAACAGUUCUCAUUGAUCUUGUAUCUAGGGAUGUUUGUGGUUACCAUUAUCUAUGUCAUUGUGGCAUGUUUGGGCUACCUGAAGUUUGGAGCAGCCAUAGAAGCCAGCAUAACCCUCAACCUACCGAACUGCUGGUUGUUUCAGAUUGUGAAGCUGCUCUACUGCUUUGGAAUCUUCAUCACCUAUGCCCUACAAUUCUACGUAGCAGCCGAGAUCAUCCUCCCUUUUGCUCUCUCCCAUGUGCCAAAAAAAUGGAAUUUAAUGGCAGACUACUCCAUCCGCACGGGCCUGGUUUGUAUUACAUGUUCCUUGGCCAUCCUGGUCCCCAAGUUAGACCUGGUUAUAGCCCUGGUGGGCUCCAUAAGCAGUAGUGGCCUGGCUCUGAUCUUCCCACCACUCCUGGAGAUCAUCAUCUUUUACUCAGAAGGCUUGAGUCCUCUCACCAUCAUUAAGGACAUCCUAAUCAGUGCCCUGGGCUUCGGUGGGUUUCUGAUAGGCACCUACCAAGCACUCUAUGAGCUGAUCCAUUCACCUGUUUCUCCCACCUUUGCCAACGACACCAGCACCUUUAGACUAUGAUCUACAUCCAAGUGGAACCCUUCUCUGCUUCCCCUCAUUCCUCUGCUCCCUGUGGAAAGUGAACUCCCUCUUUCCAAGACUAAGCCAACUGUGCUAUAGUAGAAAGAGCCCUAGGUCUGGAAAUGGAAGACCUGGGUUCUGCUAUAUGACUAUUAGCAAGUCACUUAAGACUCUUUGAGCCUCAGUUUCCUCAACCUGUAAAAUGAAGAUACUGCUUCUCCUUACAGGAUUGUUAAGAGCAUUGAAUGAAUCAAUGAAUUCAAAGCACUUUAUAAAUUGCAAAGUGCUAUAAAAAUAUGACCUAUUACUGGUCCUUUUCUUCCCCCUCAACAUUCUCUUACUUUGGGACCUCUCCAAAGUACUGGCUCAACUUUUUCUUAACUUUGCCCUUAACUUGUCAGAAAAUUUCAGCUAAAAGUUUCCAACAGCUGCCUGUCAUAUAAGGAUGACCUAACCAGGCAAACCUAUGCUUGCCAUCCAUGAACUGUCUGAAUACAAAGUGACACUGAAACUCUAAAUACAUUGUAUCUGGAGUUUGACUCCUUUUCCAAAUCCUCGACCCUGGAUCCCUACCUUGUUCCUCAAAGACAAACUGAACUAUGAAAUAUUUAUAUUCAACCAAGAAUUUAGACUCUAAAAUGUUAUUGGGUUUUGUAUCAGAAAAGAUGCAGUUUUAAGAAGUGGGCACAUGCAAGUGAGAAAUCACUUGAAAUCAUGAAGGCAAUUAUGGGAAGGACCUUAAGGAUUGUUGUCCAAUGCUCUCUCAUUCCAAUGGAAGAGAAGGAAGUUCAGAGAGGACAAGAGGCUUGUCCAGAGCUGCACCAUGAGUUAAUGGCUAAGACUAGAAGUCAUGACCACACAGGGUUCAGCUCUUUCUUAUGAGAUCACGCCACUUUCUGCAUUAGAAGGACAGCCUAUCAGAGCAAGAAGGAAUCUUAGAGACUAUCUAAGUCUCUUUGCAGAAGAGAAAAGUGUAGAUGUGGGAAUGGAUUUUUCCUGAUCACAGGUAAUCCAGGAUUUCUAUCCUCCAUCCAGUGCUUGUUUUCACUAUAUUACAGAUAUUUAGGGAAAGAAGAAGAAUAUCCUGCUAUUGCAGAAAGUUUUGGGGAAGGAAGACAGAAAUGGUGCUAGAAAACAAACAAAACAAACAAACAAAAAAAAAAAACUCGAGGGCUUAUAAACAAAUGAUAUACUUUUGGGGAAGGGAUCCCUUUCCUUUAUCUUUCCUAACUAUAGUUAGUCACAGUCUGCAAGUAAAAAUUCUUAUUUUGGGAAGAUUAACACGUUAUUGUUCCCAAAGAGAGAUUGCAGGGGGAAAGGGGAGUUGUUGAAAUAGUUUAUGAUAGCAAAGAUCAGAAUUCAUGCCACAUGCAUUUAUUAAUUACCAUGUGUGUGCAGAGUACUCAGUUAAAGACUAGACAGGGUUUCAGGUUUAGAUAGGAUAGUAUUCUUGCCCUCCUCUCUUGCAAAGAAGAACCUUUGACCUUCAUGUAAGUUACCAACAAUAAAGGCUGAUAACUAUUAACA